CAUUCGAAUGUUUUUUUUCCAUCGGCUCCAUUAGUCCAGCAGUCAACCGACGACAACGUGGUGAAUUGUCUGUCAGUGGAUGGUCUGUGGCGUUGGUUCCCCGCGCGCUGGUGAGGCGGCGGCCAUGUUUGUUUACAAGUCGUAUUUAAAGGGACAGCGGCCCCAUUUCCGUUCCACUGCCAUGGACACGAAACAUAAGAGCGCGUGGACUACAUUGACCAGCAGGCCUUGCGGCACGUUCCACGUUGCCAAGCGACGCCUCCAAACUGGAGCGGACCAGGGGAGUCGGAGAAAACCAGCUGCACUGAUUAGAAAAAAAGACGAUUUAAAAAAUGGCGGACGAGGAAACGGCUUCUGUGGCUGAAGGAGCCGAGGAAAACACUGAAGCAAGUGAUGCCGAACGCUCGGAGGUGCAGCAGCAGGAGGAGGAGGAGGAGGAGGAGGGGGAGAAGGAGGAAGGGACAGAUGAGCCCUCGGCAGAAUCCCUGCUCAUGUACAGAGAGUACUACAAGAGCGAGGAGCUUCACUCCAAACCGUUCGUCACGCCCGAGUCCGACAUCCCGGAGAACCUGCUGCACCUCUCUCACUCGUUUGGCUACGACAGCGGACGCCGGUCAAACCUGCAGCUGCUGGACGACUCGACGCUGCUCUUCAUCGCAGGGAACCUGCUCGUCCUGAUGGACGUCGCCACCAAGGAGCAGAGGUUCCUGCGCUCCUGCAGCGGCGGGGGGAUCGGCGCCAUCACGGUUCACCCCAACAAAGAGUUCUUUGUCGUAGCAGAGAAGGGAAUCAAGCCCGACAUCAUAUUAUACGAUUAUCCAACGUUGCGACCGUACCGCAUCCUCAGAGGUGGCACGAAGCGGGCGUACUGCUUCGUGGAGUUCAACCCCGACGGCAGCCUGCUCGCCAGCCUGGGCGCCGCCCCUGACUACAUGCUGACGCUGUGGGACUGGACGCAGGAGACGGUGAUGCUGAGCUGCAAGGCGCUUUCCCAGGAGGUGUACCGAGUGAGCUUCUCCCCGCACAACCCAGGGCUGCUCACCUCGUCCGGAUCGGGACACAUCAAGUUCUGGAAGAUGACCAACACAUUCACGGGUCUCAAAUUGCAAGGGCUCGUGGGACACUUUGGGAAAACUCCAGCGACCGACAUCGACGGCUACGUGGAACUUCCUGAUGGAAAGGUGGUGUCCGGCACAGACUGGGGCAACCUGCUGCUGUGGGACGGGACCGACAUCAAGGUGGAGAUCUGCCGGAAGAAGGGGCGGAGCUGCCACGCCGGGAAGGUUCAGCCGUUCGCCCUCGAGGAGGGGCAGCUGAUGACCAUCGGCUCCGACGGAGCGGUCCGGGGCUGGGACUUUGAGGGCAUCGACGCCGCCGACUGCGAAGGCGACAGCGGCCGCUUCGAGAUGGAGCCCAUCAACGAGCUGCUGGUCGGACACGGACACAACAUCUGCCUCUCCUCGGUGGUGAGGAGCCCCGUGCCCGACUCCUUCGUCUGGUUCGCUCAGGAUUCCGGCGGAGCGAUAUGGAAACUGGAUCUGUCGUUCACCAACAUGACACCCGAUCCCGAAUGCCUGUUCACCUUCCACGCCGGGGCGAUCCAGGGCCUGGGCGUGUCCCCGGACUCCCACCUGAUGGCAACGACCUCGCCAGACCAUUCAGUCAGAGUGUUCGACUUCCUGGCCAAAAGAGAGCUGACCACCACCAGCUUCAACCAGGGCGGCACGGCGCUCACCUGGGCGCCACCUGCGAGAGGCGGCUUCCUGGCGACGGGUUUCGAGGACGGCGUCGUCCGCCUGCUGGAGCUGUACGACCCCCGGAAGCUGAACGUGGUCACCGGGCCCAGACCCAAAGGAGACGCCAGGCUCCGCCUCAAGCAAGCCUUCAAGCCCCACGUCGGCCCCAUCACCGCCGUGGCGUAUGAUCGCGACGCAGACAUGUUGGCCACGGGGGGCUCAGACUGCACCGUGUUCUUCUUCGCCGCCGGGGAAAACUACAGCCCCAUCGGCUUCGUCCGCGUCCCCGGGCCGGUGCAGGCGCUGGAGUGGUCGCCUCACACCCACAGUGAGAACAGGCUGCUCGUCCUGUGUGAGCGCGGCCACGUGGUCGAGGUGCACAGACCCGAUCCGGAGGCCGAGCGGUCGACCGAGACCUUCGAGCUGCUCGACCUGCCCAGAAGAUCCUUCAGGUUCAGGAGCAUCAAGUCUCGAAUCAAGAGAGAGGAGGAGAUUGCAAGACGCCAAGAGGAAAAGGAGAAGAAGAAGAAAGAGCAGCAGGAGGCAGAGCAUCAGCAUGAGGAGGAGGAGGAGGAAGAGGAAGAGGCAGAGUUACCGCCCAUCCGCAUGCCCGACCAUCCAAGUCCUCUGUACUGUGGCUUCUACUCCCAGCCGGGCCAGUUCUGGCUCUCCAUGGGAGGCUUUGACUCGGGUUUCCUGUACCACUGUACGUUCUCGGCGAGGCAGGACGAGGAUCCGGACCAGCGGACGGACGAGCCCUUUGACUUCCGGCCGGUUCACAACGCAGACGAGGACCCCAUUCGCUCCAUCACCUUCAGCUCCAACAGGCAGCUGUUGCUCUGCGGCAUGCACUCGGGCUCCGUCAGGGUCUACAUGCUGCAUCCCGGGGACCACCGCCUCGCCUCCAUGAAGGCCUACUGGGCCCUCGCCGUCCACGACAACCAGUACGGACAACUGCGCCACAUCUGCUGUAGCUACGACGACCUCUUUGUGCUGACGGCGGCCGACGACGGGAACAUCUUCUCCUUCAGCCUGCUGCCUCCGGAGGAGCUCCAGGAAGGCCAGGAGGCGGCCAGGGUUCCGUCGCCCAGGGUUGGUCUUGAAAACGAGGCGUUGGCUCAGGACAUCGAGGAUCCAUCAGCAGAGAGCAUCGUGACGGCCAAGCAGAAGCUGGAGAAGGACCGUCUGCAGCGCGAGGCAGAGCAGAAGAUCGCGGAGAAGAGGAAGACGCUCGCUGAGCUCCAGAAGAAGUUCAAACUGGUGCUGGAGGAAAACCAGAGACUGCCCGAGCAAGUUCGCCUGAAGCCGGAGGAGCUGGAGCUGGACCCGUGUUUCAGAGAAGACGCCGAGAGGAUGAAGUCCCAGAGGAUGAUGGAGGUCAGAAGGGAGUUGGGCUGGGAGGAGGAGCGCUGCCAAGUCGCACUCUGCAAACUACAGGACGGGUUCAGAGACUCUCUGGAGAGCAGCGUCGUCACCGUGGUCGCCGUCCGGAGCGACCACAGAGUCUCCACCUACCACCUGCCGCCGAUCACCGAGCCCUCGGCCCAGCUCCCACAUCAGAGCAGACGCGCCCAGCUCGACGAACACAAGGACGCUGCGCCGGGACGCCGGAAAGCCAGAGCGGAGCCUGCAAUGGAUAGCGAGCGUGAAUUCGGAGAGGAGGAGGAGGUGCUGUGCCCCCAGGCGGCUCGUCCGGCGGGGAUCAAGCUGGGAGAUCGUCAGAUCGAGAGGCUCCAGAAGGCUGGAGAGAAGGCCGAGCAGGCCCGAGCCAAGAUCGUUCAGAGGAAGCAGGAGUGGGCCGAGCUUUACGCGGAGAAGCCAGACGAGCACUUCGAGGACCCGCAGGAUCUGCAGGAGAUCCAAGAGGCCCGGGAGAACGUGGGCGACCUGAAACUGAAGACGGACAAAGAGUUCAGGGUGCCCAAACACCUGAGGACGAACAGUGAGAGGAAGACGGCCGAGCUGACGGGCCUGGAGGAAAACAUCCGCGUCAAGCAGACGGAGAUUAACCGACAGGUGGUGGCGCUGCGCGACUCCAAGGUUCGCCUGGUGUCCGAGCUGCGCGCUCAGGCCCGGCAGCUCCGCGAGGUCCAGCGGCGCCUGGCGGCUCACCUCCGCCGGCCUCCGCCCGUCCCGCCGCCCGUCCUGCCGGAGGAGGCGCCGGGGCAGCGGCUGCAGUGCGACCGCGCCACGCUGGAGCGAUACCGCGCUCUGAGGGAGCAGAGGUCCAAGUCCCUGCAGCAGCAGCAGCAGCAACAGGGGGAGGAGGAGGAUGAGGAAGGAACGUCCGAUUUGCUGGAGCAGCUGGAAAAAGAGAUGGAGGAGAACACGGAAGAUGAUUGGCAGACGGCGGGAGAGGAGGCGUCCAGCCCGUCGCCUUCAUCUGCUGCAGCCGGAGAAGAAGACGGAGAGGAGACGGAGUUGGACGAGGGGCUCCGCAGGGAGGAGGAGAUCCGACUGCUGUACGAGCGGGACUCCCUGCUGGAGCAGAUGGAGACGUCGGUGAGUGAGUUUGACGGCGAGCACCUGCGGCUGCGUCGCCAAAAGCUCCACCUGGACUGGCGGCUGGCGCUGGGCGACCUGCGUCUGCUGACGCUCUACCAGGAGCUGCUGCUGCUCAAGGACCUGGAGCGGAGGGAGGAGAGCGUGCAGGCCAAGCUCGACGACUGCAUGAGGGAGGAGAACGAGAUCACGUCGAAACGGGAGGAGUGUAACGAGCAGCUUGAGCUGAAGCAGAGAGACAUCGUCCGGCUGCGGGAGAGGGAGAAGGCUCUGGUCGCCGCCUUCCAGGCGACGCUUGGCGAGAACAACAAGUUUGAGGAUUUCCUCACCAAAGUCUUCAAGAAGAAGAUGAAACGCGUGAAGAAGAAGGAGCUGACGAGGCCCGACGAGGAAGAUGUGCACAGCGACGAAGACUCUGAUGAGGACGAUGACUCGGACGACUCGGACGAUGACGACAACAGCGACAGCGACGAGGGAGGCCCCGCUCUGGACGACAGCGUUUGUCCUCCAGGCUGCGAGCUGCAGUUGUUCGAGAACGCGCUGCAGCUGCGCGAGCGUCGUCUGGACCUGGAGGAGCUGCUGAUGGAGGAGAAGAAGAGCGCCGAAGCUCUGAAGGACGAGUGCGACGCCCUCGUCAAGAAGGAGAAAGUGGUGAGGAGCAGUCGCAUGGCACUGGAGGACGACAUGGAGCUGGCCAACAAAGAGAAGCAGCAGAAAAUGAACGAGCUGGACGUGGUGGUUUCUCUCCCACUGCACCAGAUCGAGUUCGUCGUCAACAACUCGGUGCCGUCCGACCUGGGCGCGGCGCUGGUGGUGGACCGGGCGGAGCUGAACCGGCUGAAGGGUCGCAUCGAGGAGCUGCAGGGGGAGAAGAGCGCGCAGAGGGACCUGACGGUUCACGCCCGCCAGCAUCACACCAGGCUCAUCCACGACUGCAAGGACAUGAAGACGGAGAUCCAGGAGCUGGAGGAGGAGUGCAACAAGCUGAUGCUGAUGAAGUUUGGCAGAGUGGUGGAUCUGAAGGCUCUGCUGACGCUGUCGGGGAACCGGGUCCUGGAGGAGCUGAAGCAGGAGAAACUCCUCCGAGAGGCCGCGUACGACAAAGAGACCAAGGAGUGGCAUGUGAAGGUCGACGAGGCGCACCAGGCCCUGAUGGAGGUGACCAAGCGCAACACGGAAAUUCUCCGCAAAAAGAAAAACCUCUUGGACGAGACGAUGGAACUUGAGCGGAAACUCAACGGCCGGCAGAACAAAAUAGGUUUCCGACAGUUCCAGGACCACACCAGAGAAGUGGACCACGACGAGAUCCGCCGGCUGCAGAUGAAGGUGAAGAAGCAGACGCAUCAGGCCGACGCCCUGCGGCGAGAGAUCGAGCUGCUGAACCGCAAAGGAGCCCACGUGCCGCCGCCCAGCCAGGCCCUGCUGCCCCCGCUCGCCCGCACUGGCCACGCCCACAGACACGGACCGGCGGCGAGGGCGCCCAAACUUCUCAAAGCAAAGAAAAAGUAACAUGUAGACGGGGAGAGGCCAGUUUCAUUCAUUCAGCGUUCAUUCAUAAUAAUGAGGUUGUUGUUUUAUUCGUCCUCUGGUCUUUGUUGUGUGUGAGACAGAUAAUAAAUGAAUAUAUUUA